AUGCUGGGGGCCAUGUUCAGGGCCGACACCCCCUUCCCCCCCAACCUCCGCUCCCAGGGAGGCGGCCACUACUACUUCAUCGACCGCGAUGGCAAGGCCUUCCGGCACGUCCUCAAUUUCCUGCGGCUGGGCCGCCUGGACCUGCCCCUGGGCUACGGGGAGACGGCGCUCCUCAAGGCCGAGGCCGACUUCUACCAGAUCCAGCCCCUCCUGGACGCCCUGCGGGAGCUGGAGGCCUCCCAGGGCAGCCCCGCGCCCGCGGCCGCCCUGCUGCACGCGGACGUGGAGGCCAGCCCCCGCCUGGUGCACUUCUCCGCCCGCCGCGGCCCGCACCACUACGAGCUCAGCUCCGCCCGCGUGGACACCUUCCGCGCCAACCUCUUCUGCACCGACCCCGAGUGCCUGGGCGCCCUGCGGGCCCGGUUCGGCGUGGCCGCCGAGGAGAGGGCAGAGGGGGGACCCCACUUUCGUCUGGAGUGGGCCCCCCGCCCCACAGAACUCCCCGAAGCGGAGUACGGGAAGCUGGGGCUGCAGCCCCUGUGGACCGGGCGGCCGGGGCAGCGGCGGGAGGUGGUGGGCACCCCGGGCUUCCUGGAGGAGGUGCUCCAGGUGGCCCUGGAGCACGGCUUCCGGCUAGACUCCGUCUUCCCUGACCCCGAAGACCUGCUCAACUCCAGAUCGCUGCGCUUUGUCCGCCACUGA